AGGGGCAUUUAAACUCAUUGAUGAGAAAAGGUGGAAAAAGGAUUCACGUCGUCGUUCCUUCAUUUAUGUGUAAUCCGGUCUGCACUUGUCAGGGCAUUUCAGAAUUUUGUAAUAUAUUGUAAUUUGUCAUCUUUCACUAUGACGACAGAUACUGAAAGCGACGUGAAACUCUUUCAAUCAAUAGGACUCAGUGAACAAAAGGCUAAAGAAACGUUAAAGAAUGCCCAAGUUACCAAGAAUUUAAAAAACGCCAUAUGUGAGGCGACCAAACAUGGACAUAUUGAACCAACAACUGGGAUUUUGUUGUACCAUCUGGCAUCGAAAGUUAAAGCACAGAUUCUUGAUAAAAUUCCAUUUAUUGCUCAAUAUAUAGUCGAAAAGAAAUUGGAUACAACUCAGAGAGUCGAUGCUGCCUUAAAUUAUUUAUUAAGUAACAUUGAAAGUGUUGUCAAUAUUGCUGAAUUUGAGACAGCAUGUGGUGUAGGAGUUGUAGUUUCACCGGAAGAAAUUGAACAAGAAGUUGAGAAAUUGAUUAAAAAACACAACGAUGAAAUCAUAGAAAAAAGGUAUCGUUUCAACUCUGGACCACUAAUGCAAGAAGUACGUAAUAUUUUAAAAUGGGCAGAUGGAAAAGCAAUCAAAAGUGAAUUCGAAGUCCAAUUAUUAGACUUGCUUGGACCAAAAACAGAAGCUGAUCUUGCUCCAGUUGCCAAACAACCUAAAUCAGCAAAAGCUAAACCUUCAGAAACAAAAGAGAUCAAACCAAAUGGACAGGAAAAAUGUGCAACGGUAGGCGAUCAUGUAGGAGCACAAACAAUAAGUGAACUAAUGAAAACCAAGGUGCACUUUCAUAAGCCUGGAGAAAAUUAUAAGACUGAAGGUUAUGUUGUAACUCCUAAUACUGCUAAAUUAUUGGAAGAGCAUUUAAAGAUUACUGGUGGCCAAGUGCGUACUAGGUUUCCACCAGAACCUAAUGGGAUUUUACAUAUUGGACAUGCUAAGGCCAUUAACAUUAAUUUUGGGUAUGCAGCAGCGCAUAAUGGAAUUUGCUACUUGCGUUAUGACGAUACAAAUCCUGAAAAGGAGGAAGAGAAAUUUUUCACUGGAAUUUCAGAAAUGGUCGAGUGGCUUGGGUAUAAGCCAGCAAAAAUCACUCAUUCCUCUGAUUACUUUCAACAAUUGUAUGAGUUAGCUGUGAAACUUAUAGAAAAGGGACAUGCUUACAUCUGCCACCAGAAAAAUGAAGAAAUGAAGGGCUUUAACCCACCCCCCAGUCCUUGGCGAGAAAGGCCUAUCGCUGAAAGUCUUGAACUUUUUGACGAUAUGAAAAUAGGAAAGUUUGAUGAAGGAGAAGCAACAUUGAGGAUGAAGGUAACAUUGGAAGAAGGAAAACAAGACCCUGUUGCGUACAGAAUUAAAUAUGCUCCACAUCAUCGAACUGGAGAUACUUGGUGUAUCUACCCGACGUAUGAUUUCACCCAUUGCCUGUGUGAUAGUAUAGAAAAUAUUACCCAUUCACUUUGCACAAAGGAGUUUCAAUCAAGAAGGUCAUCCUAUUAUUGGCUGUGUAAUUCAUUAGAUCUGUAUUGUCCCGUUCAGUGGGAAUAUGGAAGGUUAAAUAUUAGCAAUACUGUCGUCUCAAAGCGAAAAAUUGCUAAGCUGAUAGAUGAAGGCAUUGUCUCUGAUUGGGAUGAUCCUAGGUUAUUUACGCUUACCGCGUUGCGUCGACGUGGGUUCCCACCUGAAGCUAUUAACAAUUUUUGUGCUUUAAUGGGAGUAACCGGUUCUCAAGCUGUAGUGGAUCCUGCAGUCUUAGAAGCAUCGGUUAGAGAUGUCUUAAAUAUAACAGCUCCUCGAUACAUGGCUGUCUUAGAUCCUCUUAAGAUAACCAUUAGUAACUUCCCUCACGAGUCACCGAUCAAAGUUACUGUCCCAGACUUUCCCAAUGAACCAGAUAAAAGUCAACAUACUAUAAUGUUUGAUGAAGUGGUUUACAUCGAAGCUUCAGAUUUUCGAGAGACCGAAGAGAAGGGCUUCCGACGAUUAUCUCCUAAACAAGCUGUAGGUCUCAAACAUGCAGGAGUGGUUCUUACGUUGGAAAGUGUAGAGAAAGAUGCUAGUGGUCAAAUUGUAAAUUUAAUUGUAAAACAAGAGCCUGUUUCGGAAAGUAACAAACCAAAAGCGUUUAUACACUGGGUCAGUCAACCAACACUUUCAUCAGUGAGGCUUUAUGAACCCUUAUUUAAGCAUAAAAAUCCAGAAGACCCUGCUGAAGUUCCUAACGGUUUUUUGAGCGAUAUUAAUCCUGCCAGUAAAAAAGAAGUCGUAGGUUAUAUUGAUGGAAGCAUGGCAAAUAUUGUAAAACCUUUUGAUAAAUUUCAAUUUGAACGAAUUGGCUUCUUUUGUGUCGAUCCUGACACAAAGCCAAGCAAGCUGAUUUUUAAUAGGACGGUCACUUUGAAAGAAGACGCGGGAAAAAUAUAGUCCUUCAAAAUGUGUCAGCAUUAAGUACGCGUUACUCUAAAAGUUUUAUACAAUGAUUUUUUAAAUAGUAAAUGUGUAUAGGAAUUUUUGCAGAAAGGAAAUAUAAAAUUAAUACACAUUUUUAUGGCAGCUCUAAUACAGAUUCGUACAAUUCUAUAUUUCCUUCAUUUACAUAACUUCUCCAGGGUGACGAUUAUUAAAGUUACAUUGAAUUCUUAA